AUGAACCAUUCCCAACCAGUGCGUGAAUCUCGCGAGCUUCACCUCUACUAUCGUGACGGCCACUCUCGCGUCGAAGUUACCGACUUUGACAAAAGGACUGUUCUUUACAUUGCCUAUCGCACGUCUUCUAAGCCGCAUCUCACAUUGUGUCGCGUGCCAAUCAAGGACGAGCCAGAACGGCUCGUUGGCCAGGUGUCAUAUCACCACUUCAAAUCUAAAAUUGAUCUGAACUGUGUCAAGAUUCCUAUCAAUAUGGAAAAAGCCGGUCUUAUAUCUAGCAAUUUUGAAGUCCGUGGCCCAGGGAUUCAAUGGACAUGGGAGCGAGAUGGUGCCAUGACGAGUAACUUGAAGCUGGCGGAUGCCAAUGCUGUUAUUUUGGCGAAUUUCGACAACGCGAGCUGGUCGGCGAGUAAACGAGGCAAAAUUACAAUCCACAACUGGCCACCACCGGAGGAGGUAUUGGACGUCAUUUUAUUGACGGGCCUGGCCAAGAUUGAGUACCAGAGAAGGGAUCAGAAAACCGCCAGCAGCGCGGUAGCAGCAACCCCUAGGUAG